AUGUAUGCCACCAAGACUACGUACCAAAAUUCUUUUAAAAAUGGCAUACCGAAGAAGUUUGAGAAACCAGGAGGAUGCCGACCAGUUCAAGUGAUUGCUCUCUACAGGCAUGGCACACGCUUUCCUAGUCUUAAAAACAUGAAAACCGUGGAUCGACUGCUGACUGAAUUCGUGGAAGAUUACCCCAACAAUGUUACAGUGAGGAGUAUGAAAGAGGUUUUUGAUCGUGAAUUCCACUUCAGCGAAGACAAUGAACUAUCGAGAGGCGGGGCUCGGGAACUCAUUGACAUCGGCAAGAGGGUAGCCACCAAUUUCAACCAGUUAUUUAAAAAUUGUAAGGCAGGCGAAUUAUUAUUUAAAUCAAGUUCCACUGAAAGAGCUUUCGAUAGCUGCAGCUAUUUCCAAGAAGGUUUCUCAAAAGUUAUUCCGUUUGAGGGCAGCACCACAAUCACUGACGAUUUUCUUUUGAGAUUUUUCGAUAAAUGUUCAAACUACAUAACUUCGAUCAAAAAAGACAAACUUGCCUUGAAGGAAUGUGAAGAUUUUCAGAAAAAUUCUUAUCAAGAAAUCAAUCGACUGAUGGAGAAAAAGCUAAACUUUAAAGUGGAUCUUAAAAGAAAGGAACAAUUAGUGAUGUUCAGCAUAGCUGGAUGUGCAUAUGCAUUUGUUGGCGAUACUGUUUGGAGCACCAUUUUCCCAGAAGAAGCAAGAAGUAUGCUAGAAUAUUCUAUUGAUCUUAAGAAAUAUUACGAUUCAGGUUAUGGGCACGAAAUAAGCAGUCUCCAGAGUUGCCACUUAUUCUCAACAUUUUUUCGGCACAUAGACAGCUUCAUCGAGAACAGGUUGAAACUGAAGGGUGUCUUUUAUUUCGCUCACGCGGAGACACUGCUGCCAGUGAUGUGUCUGAUGGGAUUGUUCAAGGACGACGAACCUCUGAGACACGACAACUACGAACGCAUGAGAACCAGACUCUUCAGAACAAGUUUCAUAUGUUCGUUUGCCGCAAAUAUAAUGAUUGUGUUGUACGACUGCAACAAAAUUUACAAAGUACAAGUCCUCCACAAUGAGAAGGCCAUACGUCUGCCACCGCCCCUACAACCAGACGACAAACUCUUGUACAGCUACUCAGAUUUUAAAAACCACUACAAAGAUGUUUUGAAUCGCAAGUUCAAUGAUGUCUGUCGUCUUGAAGAAAGCAAAAGUUCUUCCUCAAGUUUUUCUGAAGAAAUGUCGUUCUCAACAAUUUCUGGUACACCUUCCAAAUCACAAUCAUUUUCAAGAGUCUCGAAGGAAACGACAGGCGGAUCGGAGCAGAGUUCUCAAUCUCAACACGACUCAAGUUCAUCGCGUUCCGUCUCACUAGAUGAAACAAUUUCUAAUUUUUCACGAUGA